CACACGUUUACUCCUGCACUUUUUCCUCCCGCUUUCUGCUAAGGAAGCAGCUACUGCUAGUGUCAGUGACUUUGGUUCAAAUUUCAAAGACAGGAAGGACAAAAAAGGCGGAAAGGAAGUGCAAGUGUCCAAAGUAAUAUGACACUCUCCAAGCUGUGUUCUUAAACGGAGCAUUAAGCUGAACACCGCGCCGCUUCAAAAAAGACAUGUCCAGUCAAAGUGUAAGCACCACUAUGGGUCUCCUCUCAUCGCUCCUCUUUAUCAUCUUAAUUAUUCUUUGUUCACCAAGGCAGAGCUCAGGCUUCAAAAUCUGUGCAUUCAACAUUCAAAGUUUUGGUGAUUCCAAGUCAAGCAAAGAUAAUGUUAUGAACGUUGUCAUCAAGAUCGUGUCUCGCUGUGAUGUCUGUCUGCUCCAGGAGGUGAGAGACACCAAAUCCAAAGUCAUCAGCUCCUUGCUGCUGUCACUCAACAAGUUUGACAGAAAUUACCAGUAUGAUUAUGUGGCCAGUGCUCGACUUGGCAGGACACCAACAUACCAGGAGCAGUACGUCUUUGUUUACAGGAAGGGGUCGGUGACGGUGAAGGACCAGUACCAGUACCCUGACGCACAGAAAGGAGACGAGGACGCCUUUGCCCGGGAGCCCUUCGUUAUCAGGUUACGGGCACCCCGCACAGUGAUCGGAGAGUUUGUCCUAAUCCCACAACACACCACCCCGUCCAACGCCACCAAAGAGAUUGAUGAGCUGUACGACGUCUUCCUAGAUGUUAAGAAGAAGUGGGGGGUUGAGGACAUCAUGUUCCUGGGUGAUUUCAAUGCGGGGUGUGGAUACUUGCCGAAGAAAAACAAAAAGCAAAUCAGACUCCUAACAGUGCCUGGUUUCCACUGGCUGAUCGAUGACAAGGUGGACACCACAGUGAGGGACACUACCACCUGUGCCUACGACCGUAUUGUCGUGCAUGGAGAGAACUUCCUGAAUGCCAUAGUGGACAAGUCAGCAAAAGCUUUCAACUUCGCCACGACCUUCUACCUGUCACAAGACCAGGCCCUGGAGGUCAGUGACCACUACCCAGUGGAGGUGACGCUGAAGCUCCGAGCAAGCUCAGCGCAGACGGGAGCAUGCUGGAUCCUUCUGGUGACUGCGGCCACAUCUGUUCUUGCAGACCUGGGCUGAAGAGUUACUGAAGUACUUUGUCAGAAGAACAGGAAUGUACCGGAAGAGCAGACCGCUCUGAUCCAGUAGUGACGGCCAAAUGGAGCUUCAUGAACCAUUUGCUGUACUUUCUGACCCCACUAGAUGGUGCUCUCUGUUCCAAAAAAGGGCUCAAUAUAUGCCCCAAUACAAACUAAGAGCACCAUCUAGUGAGAUCAAAAAAUACAGAAAAUGGUUCAUGAAGCUUCAUUUGGCCGUCACUACUAUCCACAAUUAGUCAAUUUUAUUUAUACCAUCGAAAAUGAUCAUUGAAGCAAUUCAGGUUAAACUUCUGAUGAACUUUUUGCCACUUUUAAAAAAGAUCCAGUAUUUUUAUUUUCAUACAAUCAAGACUUCUCCAUUUUAGACACACUUUUGCCAUUGUAGUAUUAUAUUGUAAUGUGUGAGCAACCAAAGGGAGACAUUGGAAUGAAUGUACAAAAGACGCAAGGCUUCCUGAGAUACCAGGCAAACGCUUCCCCUCAACACUAAACAGCACCUGCUUUAAAGAAAAGGGACAUGUUGCAACCUGUGGCACUACAAAGAUAUUCAGGGAUCAUGUGUACAGGGCAAUACUAAUAUUCCUCUGUUUCAGCACUUUCAGUAUUAUUUGUGGUUGAUUUGUGUUUUCAUUGAGGAAAAUUAUUUUUGUACCAAACCUGCCAUUUCUUUCAAAGCGCUAAAGGCAGGGUUCCCCAGUUGUGGUCCUAGAGGGCCAGAAUCCAGCAGACUGCAGGGGUCCCUGCUCAUUUUAACCAGCUAAUUAAUAGGUGAGCAGAGAAAUCAACUGUCACAAACUGGCCCUUCAGGACCAGAACUGGGGAACCUUGGCCAAAGGGAUAUUAAAGAAUAAAACUCAGACUCA